ACUGGAGGAAGCAAAAGAAAUCAUCUCCUUCAUUCCUGGUUCUGUUCUGUGUUUGGCCUCUGAAUGACGACACGGCGCUGAUCAAUGCUGCCGAUCGGUUCCCGGGGCCCCGAUUGGCUCAGUGGAGCUGAAGGACGUUGCGUCCUCUGUGUAAGCGCUGCAGCUGAAGCUCUGACUGCCAGCUGGAGUCUGAAUGAAGAGCAGCGAACUGAGCAGCAAAGAGGAGCUUUUGCUUUCAGAUUGCAGGUCCAACAGAUUGCAGAGUGCAGUGUAGCUCCCAUUGCGAUGGAGGACAGUGACCACGAGCCGUCCUCUUCGUCAGACGAGCAGGACUCCUGCCCGUCGUCGCCCAAUCAGAUCAGGCACCACAAUGCUGCACAGCAUUUGAGCCAUUCAGACGACUCCGAAGUGGAGAACAUAAUACACGACCCUCCGCAUCACGGAGGGAACGGCCCAAACCAUGAAGCUCACGAUGCAGACGGCCAAGACCGGCCCGUCACCCCGUCUCGCUUGCAGCCCCCCGCGGCGGGUCGAGCCCAGUCAGAUUCGGGUUCAGAUACCAGCUUGUCGCAGAGCAGAAGUGUGGAGUUUGACUUGCCGUCUCCCAUCAGCCCCGGCAGGCCGAGGAGCCCCUGGGCUCUGUUUGAUCCGUACAGCAAUAAUGAGGACCCGGACAAGGAAUAUGUGGGCUUUGCAACAUUGCCAAACCAGGUGCACCGCAAAUCUGUGAAGAAAGGGUUUGACUUCACCCUCAUGGUGGCUGGCGAGUCUGGCCUGGGAAAGUCCACCCUGGUCAACAGCCUGUUUCUCACAGACUUGUACAAAGAUAGGAAGCUGCUUAAUGCUGAAGAGAGGAUCACACAGACGGUUGAGAUCACCAAACACACUGUGGACAUAGAGGAGAAAGGUGUGAAGCUGAAGCUCACCAUCGUGGACACCCCUGGAUUUGGCGACGCUGUCAACAACACUGAAUGCUGGAAGUCAGUGGCGGACUACAUCGACCAGCAGUUCGAGCAGUACUUCAGGGACGAGAGCGGCCUGAACCGCAAGAACAUCCAGGACAACCGUGUUCACUGCUGCCUUUACUUCAUUUCACCCUUCGGCCAUGGCCUUCGGCCCCUGGAUGUCGAAUUCAUGAAGGCUCUGCAUGAGAAGGUCAACAUCGUACCCAUUCUGGCCAAAGCCGACACGCUCACCCCGAGCGAGGUCAAGAAAAAGAAAAUCAAGAUCAGAGAGGAGAUUGAGCAGUACGGCAUCAAGAUCUAUCAGUUCCCGGACUGCGACUCCGACGAAGAUGAAGAGUUUAAGCAACAAGACCUCGAGUUGAAGGAGUGCAUCCCUUUUGCAGUAAUUGGCAGCAACACGGUGGUGGAGGCCAAAGGGAAGAGGGUGAGGGGUCGCCUCUACCCCUGGGGCAUCGUAGAGGUGGAAAACGCCGCCCACUGCGACUUCAUCAAGCUGAGGAACAUGCUGGUCCGCACACACAUGCAGGACCUGAAGGACGUGACCCGGGAGACUCACUACGAGAACUACAGAGCCCAGUGCAUCCAGAGCAUGACCCGCAUGGUGGUCAAAGAACGCAACCGCAAUAAGCUGACCAGGGAGAGCGGCACCGACUUCCCCAUCCCCGCCGCCCCCGCAGCGUCGGAGAGCGAGAAGGAACAGCUCAUCCGAGAGAAAGACGAGGAGCUGCGGCGGAUGCAGGAGAUGCUGCAGCGGUAUCAGGAUCACUUGAUCACCCAGAAGGACGGAUGUUAACGAAAGACUCAGCAUGCUUAAAAAAAAAAAAAAAAAAAAACGCAGAGAGAGAAAACACCCAGACGUCCUUCAUCCCUCACCCUGAACACUGAGAUCCCGGGGGUGUGUGUGUGUGUGUGUGCGCGGGUGUGUGUGCGUGUCUCCUCAGCUCAUCAAGCAUGCGACUCACCAGCCGGGUGAGGAGACGGUAAGACCUCAGAGACUCUCUCUGCUGAAUCUAACAAGCACCUGGUUACAUAUCAGAACUUUAAUUCAGAUCACAAAGUGGCCACAUCACUUUCCUCAUGUCGUCGUUUUCUCUCUAGGUCGUUCUGCAUGUUCUUUUUACAUUUUGUACGUCUUCCAUAUUUCUGUUUAAUCACACCCAGCCACACUCCUCCACCUUAUAUGGGUAAUAUUGAUUUAGUCUCCUCUGACACUCAUGCUCUUAUUGGUUAAUUUUUUUUAAUGUAUAUUUGUUGUUUGAGUGUCUAACUAUUUAAUUUUGUUCUCACCUCCAACGCCUCGCUCCGUGACGUCACGGAUGGUUUCUGCGUCUUGGUGACUUCACAUAUUUACUUACUGAUCUGAAAUGUCAGCAAAUGACUUCCACAGUUAUUAGCAGUUCUGGUAAAGAUGAGUAAAAACCCAAUUUGAAGUGAUUUAUUGGUAGCUGUUCAAAUCAAAGGUAUGUGAAAACUUGAUGUUGGCAAUCUGAGUAUCCGUGGUGCUUCAAAAAUAGAGACCCAGUGAAUUUAUUAAAAUAAUAAUGAAGUUUGGAUUUUUCUGUUUCUGUUCCGAGUCGUAUAGGGCCAGUAAGGAUAAGGGAUGUUUUUAUUUUAAGGCUUUUUACACACCUGCAGCAGGGCUGCUGAUGAAUGUGGAGGACGCUGUGAACCACUGAUUUACUUCGCAGUUUGUCUGAAGUUGUUUCGCGUCGGCAGAGGAUUUGGAGCAUGAGGUGUGGUGGCUGCAGUGGACGGUGUAUUUAUUUCUGCAUGCAGUUUUCUAACGACGAGCUCAGACUGCAGGUUUUCUUUAUGAAUUUUGGGGGGUUUUCUUGGAAAAAAUGUCAGGAACAAUGUGGGGGUUUUUUAUGGUUUGAUUGGAUUUAGUGAUGUUUUCUUUCUUUACGGUAACUCUAGUUGGGGGACGGUAAAUGUUAACACUAGUCCUUAAUUAUUAAAUUUGAAUUUAUCUUACGGAGCUUCAUUUUGGGUUUAAACGUUUUGACAUUCCUCUUGCUUUUGUCAGUAAUAUUAUAUUUCUGUUUUUUAAAUUUGUUUUGUAUUAAACCUCUGUUAUUUUGUGUUUCUUGGAAUAUAUUUAUGUAUUAAAUUUAUACGUUGGUUUUGGAGGAAAACAUGAAUUACAAUGUAAUAACUUUACAGUUGUAUUGUAAUAAAAUAUUUUGAAACUCUC